AUGUUCCGUACGAAAAUACGGCAAAACGAAUUGUUUAAGUUUCCUUACUCACUGGUGGUAGUUUUCAAUAUGGUGUGUGAGAAAUGUGAGAAGAAGUUGGUGAGGAUCGCGACGCCUGACCCUUGGAAGGCGGGUUCACGGGCUGCAGCAGCUAAAGGACCACGUCGACUAAACGAGAACAAGCUGCUCACGGCGAAGAAGGGUAGAUACAACCCCUACUCGAAGGCCUUCCGUAAAUGCCGCAUCUGUGGACAGAGCGUGCACCAGCCAGAAGCACACUAUUGCCAGUCCUGCGCCUUCAAGAAGGGCAUCUGCGCCAUGUGUGGGGUGCGCCUCGUCGAUACUACCAACUACAACCAGUGCGCUGUAUGA